AUGCUGCUGCUUCAUAUAGUACGUGAGUGUAUAUCCAUUCACGUGGGUCAGGCGGGAGUACAGAUUGGAAAUGCGUGCUGGGAGCUGUUCUGCCUGGAGCACGGCAUCCAGCCAGACGGCAAUAUGCCGAGCGACAAGACCAUCGGUGGUGGGGAUGACUCCUUUAACACCUUCUUUCGCGAGACUGGCGCGGGGAAGCAUGUUCCUCGGGCCGUGUUUGUGGAUCUGGAGCCAACAGUCGUGGAUGAGGUUCGGUCCGGCAGAUAUCGUCAGCUGUUCCACCCAGAGCAACUCAUCAGUGGCAAAGAGGAUGCUGCUAACAACUAUGCCCGUGGGCACUAUACUGUAGGCAAAGAGGUCAUAGACAUAGUUCUGGAGCGUGUUCGCAAACUGACUGACCAGUGCGCAGGGCUUCAGGGCUUCCUCAUCUUCCACAGCUUUGGUGGCGGCACUGGAUCUGGCUUCACCUCUUUGCUGAUGGAGCGUCUGUCUGUUGACUACAGCAAGAAGUCCAAGCUGGAGUUUGCCAUCUACCCAGCUCCUCAGGUGUCCACUGCUGUGGUGGAGCCCUACAACUCCAUCCUCACCACCCACACCACCCUGGAGCACUCUGACUGUGCUUUCAUGGUGGAUAACGAAGCCAUCUACGACAUAUGCCGGCGCAACCUGGACAUUGAGCGCCCGUCCUACACCAACCUCAACAGGCUCAUUGCCCAGAUCGUCUCCUCCAUCACCGCUUCCCUGCGUUUCGAUGGUGCCUUGAAUGUGGACCUCACUGAGUUCCAGACCAACCUGGUGCCCUACCCCCGCAUUCAUUUCCCCCUUGUCACCUACUGUCCCAUCAUCUCCGCCGAGAAGGCUUACCAUGAGCAACUCUCAGUUGCUGAGAUCACGGGUUCCUGCUUUGAGCCGGCCAACCAGAUGGUGAAGUGUGACCCCCGUCAUGGCAAGUACAUGGCCUGCUGCAUGCUUUACCGCGGAGACGUCGUGCCAAAAGAUGUGAAUGCUGCCAUUGCCAACAUCAAGUCUAGGCGAACCAUUCAGUUUGUGGACUGGUGCCCUACUGGUUUCAAGGUGGGCAUCAAUUAUCAGCCCCCAACUGUGGUGCCAGGGGGAGAUCUGGCCAAGGUGCAGAGGGCAGUGUGCAUGCUGAGCAACACUACCGCCAUCGCUGAAGCCUGGGCCCGCCUGGACCACAAGUUCGAUCUCAUGUACGCCAAACGUGCCUUUGUGCAUUGGUACGUGGGUGAGGGCAUGGAGGAGGGCGAGUUUUCCGAGGCACGUGAGGAUUUGGCAGCCCUGGAGAAGGAUUACGAGGAGGUGGCCACAGACUCAGUGGAAGGAAGACAGGAGAAGAGAAACGCCAAAAGGAAAAAGAAGCGGUCUCAUUUUCAACACGUUCCUCCGUUGAAUUCAGACCCCUUGAGCGUGAGCCCAGACACGGUACUGGCCAGACAACUCCAUGAGGCAGCCAGCAGGGGGCAGGCUAACAUCAAAAGAUUGAAGCAGAGUGCCAGGCCGGUACACCCAAGAACCCAUGCGUAUGGUCCCCAGAAGGUGAAGAGUAAAGCCAAGACCGUGGUCUUCCCUUAUGCGCACACAAAUGGGGGCUGGGAGUUUGAAUCAAGCCCUCAUUUCCGACAGGAGGGCUUGGACUCCUUUGCCCAGAUAGUGCCACAGAAUGGCGUGGAGAGGUCAGGUACGGCGCACAGCGAGGCGGGAUCAAUGGCCGUAGAAGACAGGGCGGAGGAGCCUCUGUAUCGUGCUGCUAGAGACCACCUGCACAACCGCACCGUGCUUGUCAUGAAGCAAGGAGAGAUGCUGUGUUUCCGGGGGAAGUGCUGGCUCACCUGCCUGUACGGCAGUGUGGAGGUUCUGGGCUUCAGCAUAGAGGAGGGCCAGCAGCCGUACCCUGUCUUCUCCCCCCCGACCCACUGCCCCCUCAGCAUCACGGCCACGGGCAGCACCUCUGCCACCAGCAAGACCAGGAAGGAGCGGCGCAUGGAGGUCAAAGCAAUCAUCCGGCAGCACCUGUCCGCUGAGGCGCGUAAGAGACUGCAGGGUGAAGUGGACCCGGACUCCUGUUUGGUUCUGCUGGAGCCCCUGAACACCCCGCUGACCCGCUUCCUGACCAGCCUCCCAGAGCACGGCGGCAUCUUUGGGCUCAGUCCGAGUGAGCAGAAAGUCCAGCAGGCUGCCUUUGACUGCCCCCUGUCGGAGGUCGGCAUUAUCCCGCUGCAAGGCAGCAGCGAGGGACUGAUGAUGUCACAGAGCUACAGGGAUGCCCUCCGUAGCUUGGUCAAAGCUUGCACAGACGAGUCAGAUGGCUGUCCUGUCAUCUUGGUGUGUGGUGCCAAGAAUUCUGGGAAAUCCACCUUCAAUCGACACCUUUUGAACACGCUGCUCAACCGCACUGUCAGCAUCGAUUACCUGGAGUGUGACCUGGGCCAGACGGAGUUCACCCCACCGGGCUGUCUGUCCCUCUCAACUGUCACUGAGCCCCUUCUGGGAGUGCCUUUCACCCAUCAGCGCACCCCAAAGCGCAUGGUGUUUUUUGGGGAGAGCUCGUGCGAGAGCGACUUGGACCGCUACCUCGAGUCGCUGACUUUCCUGUGGCGCUUCUACAGCCGAGAGUCACCCAUCAUCAUCAACACCAUGGGCUGGGUCAAAGGUUUUGGCCUCCAGCUGCUGGUGGACUUGAUUCGCCUGUUCUCUGUCACUCAUGUGGUGCAGCUCAACUAUGGGGUCAGAGCCCAGUGCCCCGCCCUCACCCCCGCCUUCUUGCAGUCCGCCCAGGGCUGGCAGACACGUCCACCUGCUCCGCCCACUCUGGGGGAGGAGGCAGAGGAGCACAUUACCCCACAGAGCCACGUGCUGCUCAGCGUCCAAUCAGAAUUCGAGGGAGCUGGGGACUCGAGUAACAUGCUGUGUCGGCGUAGCAACGUGCUGCGAGACCUCGCCCUGCUGGCCUACUUCAGCCAGCUGCAGUCUGCCGAGCCAGGCCCCGUGAGGCCCCUGCACUGCUUCACCCCCUACCAGGCGCCCAUGUCAUCGGUGGCAGUGCGGGUGACUCACUGCGAGGUGGCCCCGACUCACACGGUGUACGUGGCCAACGCCAGCCUGGUGGGGCUCUGCUGCCUGGGGGAGAGGGUGGCGGGAACGACGGGGCCCGUCCUGCUGUCUCACACCCCCGUCUGCCAGUGCCUGGGCUUCGGGGUUCUGCGUGGAGUUGACACUGUGCGGGGGUUGUACUUCCUGGUGACCCCUGUUCCCCCCUCCGUCCUGCGGCAGGUCAACUGUCUGAUGCUGGGUGGGGUCAAGCUGCCCCACACACUCCUCAGAGCACAGCCGGGCGUCCAAGGGGAGCGUCCCUACGUGACCUCGGACUACAGCUUCAACCUCACAGGGGCAGGCAAGAUGAGGGUGUUCAAGGGACUGCAGAGACGAGCGCAUCUGUGACGAGUGGCAGUGUGUCCGUCAAGACCACACCCCCCCCCA